AUGUUUCCUUUACAACUCGGCGAUGAUAUGGUCUUUCGGCCCCCUUCUGUUAUAAAACGAGACCAAAUCCUGCAAGAUCUGACUAUGGAUCAUACUUUAGUGGAAAAUAGUAAUCAUAGUACUAGCAGAGGGGGGAAGGGAGAUCAGGGAUCAUCAGGUAUUCAAGAAAACAAGGAUGGGAGUACUUUUGAUGGAUCCAAUAUUCGGAAACUCAUGCACAGAGAUUUAGAAAGACAAAGAAGGCAAGAAAUGGCUAAUCUUUAUGCUUCUCUUCGAUCAAUUGUUCCUGUUGAAUAUCUAAAGGGUAAGAAGACCAUAUCAGAUCAUACGCAAGGGGCUAUAAAUUACAUAACAGAUAUGCAAAAGAACAUCAGAAAAUUACGUUAUCAGAGAGACAAGCUAAAGAAGUUGUCAAAUUCAGGCAACCUUAGCGACGAGGAUGGAAGUUCCACUAGUUUUUCGCAUGGUUUAGUCACAGUGAACCCUUGCCGGGAUGGUGCAGAAAUUCUAAUCCGUUGCAGCUUAAAAGAGGAAGGGUUCCCCCUCUCAAUAGUUCUUGUGGAAUUGCUUGAGCGAGGGCUUAAUGUUGUUAACUAUGUUUCUACAAAAACAAAUGAAAUGCCACUCCAUAUAAUUCAGUGCGAGGCCAGCGAUAUCAGAUGCAAUGAUCUAUCCGAGCUUACAGAAAGACUGACCGACGUGAUAACUCUUAGACGAGUGUCGAAGAAGACGAACAUCGCGACAAGGGUUCGUGUCAUUUCUUAA